AUGUCUCUCAGCAGCAAACUGCCUCGCGAUUCUGUGAGCGCGCGAUGCGACGGCCGUGCUCUCCAUUGUCGCUUUACUAGUGGUCGCGGCCGUGACUUUGUCUGCCCUCCUUUCUCUGCUGCCAUUACACCUCUCAUUUCUCUGAGGGCGAGAUGUGACGGCCGAGAUCUCCUCACCCGUGCUCCCCGAUGUGGUCGCGGUCGUGACUCCCUCGGCGCUGCUUUCGGCGUUGCCUGCGACCUUAAAGCUGGCGAUUCCCUCAAUGGUCUCAACGCCGGCGAUACCCCCUCAGCCGUGCUCCCCGAUGUGGUCGAAGCCGUGACUCCCUCGGCGCUGCUUUCCGCGUUGCCUGCGACCUCAAAGCUGGCGAUUCCCUCAAUGGUCUUAACGCCGGCGAUUCCCCCAAUGACUUGUUUGCAUCAUGCUCAUAAUGCGAUCCUAAAACUGAAGUUCAACAAGCAGCAGUCCGGGUUGAACCAAUCAGAGAAAGGCCGCAAAUUUGAGUAUGAUCUUGUAUACCCUCCAACCAAGAAAUCACACGCUUCAUUCCUCAUUUCCUAUCCCGAUAGAGGGGGGGAGGGGGGGAGGGGUAAAAGGAAUGUGCAGCCGAACAUCCCAUUGCCAAAUUAUACUUUUGAUGAGCAUGAUUUGGAGCCUAUCGAAUACGUGUCGCUUGUUGUUGUACAUGACUAUCAUCGAGGGGGAAGCGGUUUUACUCAACAGUUUACAUCAGAUUGGACACAGCACGGCAAGUCAAGUGGUCUGACUAUAUUGGAAUAUUAUUCCUUGUUGUGUUUGAUCUUGCUGAAAAUCUCUCCCACCCUUGGACUUCCUAUUAAUCGGCUCAUGACCGCCAAAAGGGCUCAUCGGAUAUCCUCAGCAAUUUUGAGCCGGCUGAAUGUUGUGAAUGUAAUAUUGGGGUCUAAGAUGAGUCUGAGACUUGAAGUAGUCACGAAGACGGGAGUGCCAGAAGCUGUCGGCCUUAACAGCACAAGUGGAAUGAGAAGCCUUCGUCCUCCAUUUUUAGGUUGUAAGCGGAGUGAUCUGGUUUAUUUGUCUGUUAUCGAUAAAGAGACAGCGGCACUCUCGGACCAGGCAUUAGCUGCCACAGUUAGCGACCCCACAAUACUAAAGAAACCUGCAAAGUCAAAGACAGGCUGGACGUCCUCUGUGAUAGGGUGGACGACAGUGGGUCUUGUGACGAAUUUGCACGGCCCGAAAUUCUUCUGCUCAAUGAACGUCAUCUCCGGACCUUGCGUCACGUUUAGUAUAGCUCGCGAGAAAUACGGUGCCAGUGGCGACCCCACCGGAAAUGCCUGA